ACGACGCAUUCGCUCGUUCGCUUCGCCCAAAGCAGACUCGCCGGGGAGCCUUGAUUAGAAGAAGCAAAGAGGCCUGGAAAAAGAUACAAAUUCAGAGAACAAAGAAUUUUUCUUCAAUAAACCGCGCGGAGUAAUUUGGGCUUGGACGUGGAUUACUACAGACGAGAAGUUGUUACAACCCCUCAACUUUUGGUCGCGAUCCCAAAGUUCCUAGACACCGCGAUUUCCUCGCUCUUCUUCUUUUCCGGACCCGGCAGGCAGUGAAUCUUUCUUGGGAUCAACUCAAAAGUCUCAGACUUGCAAACUUGGUUCCAAAUUUCAAAAAUAAGCAGUGAUCAGUCGUGACGAGAAGACUUGUUUGUUUCGUUUGAGGAAAAGUCUUCUGAAGAUAUUAUGAUGGCAGUUGCAGCGGCACAGAAAAACAGAGAGAUGUUCGCUAUCAAGAAAUCUUAUAGUAUUGAGAAUGGUUACCCAGCACGGCGUCGUUCACUCGUAGACGAUGCUCGCUUUGAAACUUUAGUUGUAAAACAAACAAAGCAAAGUGUGCUUGAGGAAGCUAGACAACGAGCCAAUGACACUAUUUCCGACUCGGCUAGCGUACGUGACCAGGAACCCCAAACUCAAAUUGAGGAUGAACCCUAUGCUUCAUCCAGCGAUGAUGAUCAGUCGGAAUCACUUAGUUGUGCAGCUAAGGAAAGUGAAGCGAAAGCUGAGGCAUCAUCCUCAGACGGAGAGGGAAAACCAGGAGAUGAUGAUGAUGCAAACCUGACAGAAGAAGAAGUGGUCCUAGCCAGGAGCAUUGCUGAAACACCAGAAGGAGACCAGGAAGUACAAAAAGCCGCUCUCGUACUUCGUCUUCGUGAAGGAAUCAGUUCCCUCUCACGAAUUCUAAAGACCGUCGAAAAUUUCAAAGGCACUGUCACCCACGUUGAAUCGCGAGCAUCCAAGAAGGAAGGACUUCAGUUUGAUGUUUUGGUCAAAGUGGACAUGACCAGGCAAAGUCUGCUCCAGCUGAUCAGAAAUCUCAGACAGAGUUCUUCCCUUGCUGGAGUGACUCUUUUGGCUGAUAAUUCUGUGAGCAUCAAGGAUCCCUGGUUCCCAAGACAUGCAUCUGAACUGGACAACUGCAACCACCUGAUGACCAAAUACGAGCCAGAUCUGGACAUGAACCACCCUGGAUUUGCUGAUAAGGAAUACAGAUCUCGCAGGAAGGUCAUUGCUGAAAUUGCUUUUGCCUAUAAGUAUGGUGAUCUAAUUCCCAGCAUCCCAUACACAGAAACUGAAAACAACACCUGGAAUAGAGUUUUCAACACCUUGAUUGAUUUGGUACCUAAGCACGCCUGCAUCGAGUACCAGAGAACCUUCAAGAAGCUGCAAGAAGAGGCCAUUUUUGAGGCUACUCGUAUUCCUCAGCUGCAGGAAGUUAGUGACUUCUUGAAGAGGGAAACUGGAUUCACUCUUCGCCCAGCAGCUGGUUUGCUCACAGCUAGGGACUUCCUCUCCAGUUUGGCUUUCAGGAUAUUCCAGAGCACUCAGUACAUUCGCCACAUCAACAGUCCCUACCACACGCCUGAACCGGACGCUAUCCACGAACUUCUUGGACACAUGCCACUCCUAGCAGACCCCGGCUUUGCCCAAUUCUCGCAGGAAAUUGGUCUCGCUUCCCUAGGAGCAUCAGACGAAGAAAUUGAGAAACUUUCAACUAUCUACUGGUUCACUGUUGAAUUUGGUCUCUGUCGGGAGGGUAAAGAGGUCAAAGCCUACGGAGCAGGGUUGCUUUCCGCCUAUGGAGAACUUCUUCAUUCACUUAGUGACAAAUGCGAACACAGACCCUUCGAGCCCUCGACCACAGCUCUUCAACCCUAUCAGGAUCAGGACUACCAACCAGUCUACUAUGUUGCAGAAAGUUUCGAGGAUGCCAAGGACAAAUUCCGUCGGUGGGUCAGCACAAUGAGUCGACCUUUCGAAGUCAGAUUCAACCCUCAUACACAACGCGUGGAGGUCCUCGACACUGUCGAAAGGCUGGAAAACGUUGUUUCUCAGAUCAACCUUGAGAUGACCCACCUGACAAACGCACUCCACAAAAUGAAAUCAUCCUUUGCGUAAAGCCCAGCAUCCGGACAACUCGGACGAGGACUAUUCUAGCCUCACUUAGUGCUCAUCUUCGCCCUGCACGAUUUUAUUUUCUCUUGGUCGCAUCCUGGGCGAUUCAGAUGAUUUGAAAGCUCAAAUAAUUCAUUCUGUUUUUCCCUUUCGAAGCCUCUUUGCGCUUUAAUUCAUCCACUUCAAUUGAACUGAAUUUUUCUCUGAUAUCUCAGGAUCCGGCGAGGCGAAGUUCCUUAUUCAGAGGAAAAACUGGGUGAAAGGUCCAGCUGGGUAAUUGAUCCAUUGAGUCAUCCAGUUCAGAAGCAGUUUGGGAAGUACUGAACUAUACGGCAGACAUUUCUACCGUAUAGUACACCCAGUUUUGCCCUGUGUUUUCAUUCUCGUCAGUCAUUGUACUCCUCGCUCUGUGUAUAAAGUUUUCAUUUCUGUGGCCUGUGCAGACAUACCUGUGAUUCGGGUUCUGAUAUUAUUUUAAUUAGGGCUACCAAAAUCUGCAAAUUAAAGAAACUUAAAUUGAAGAGGCUUGUUGAAUAAUUAUGUAUCUGAGUUAGACUUGUCGAUUCAUAGAAUAGAAUAAAGAAGAGGUCAACUCAGAGCUGCGUUUUUGAGGAGUCAUAUUGGAAUUUAAAUUAAAUUAAUUGUAAGAUAUUUUAAUAAAUUAUAUGAAAAAAAAUAUUUUAAAUUGAGAUUAAGGUAGCAAAAAAUCCCGAGAAAAAACUCUGCCCAGGCUCAUGUAAUCGUUAUAUUGUAUUAUUUUAAUACUUCCUAUUUUAUUUUAUUUUAUUGUUUAUUGUACGAUACUGUAUUAUUGUAUUUGUCUAACCCGCAAUGCAACGAGCACCUGCCCGUGUAGGAUACUUUCACGGACACGGAUACGUCUUCGGUAGAUAAUUGUGAUUGACUAUGUGAGCUAUUUACUGACUCGGCUAUUCCAAAUUGACGAGAAAGGUUCGAUGUUGCAGUCGUGACAUGUUCAUAAUUUUUUAUUUUAUUUUUUUUAUUUGUAUUUCUUUUAGAGCAGAUCUCUCAUCGGUGUGAAUGCGCGGACACCUACGUGUGAUUUGAGAUGGAUGAUUUCGCAUUACAGUAGACUCUCACCAAGCGCCCCGUGAUCACGACCUACGCUCUCACUAAGCGCCCGCUUUGUUAAGUCACGCCCCUAAGGCUUGGCGGAAAAUAUCUCUGGCGCGCAUUGGCGGAUUAUUUGAAUAUCUUCUCGCGCAUGGGCAUUUGAUGGCCCGCUCAAGGCCUUUGGAAAGAGAAGGCGCUUUGGGGAAAAGGCGCUUGGUGAGAAUCUACUGUAAUAAUGUCGAAUUAGUAAUUUUAUAUGGAUGUAUAAAAACUCGCGAUGAUCGUGAAGAAUGGUGACCUUAGUAUUAAUCAAUCUGUGGCCUGAAAGACGAUUGUGGAAGUGAUUAGUAGGAAUUUAAUUUUCUGAACAAUUUCAGUAUUAUAAAUUUGCACCAGGCCUUAUCAUAUUUAUUAUAUGGGCCCUCUACCAGCAUCGUGAGUUAUAUUAAUUAGGUUUUUUGAUUAUGAUUUGCGAAAGCUUUCCCGGCGAUCGAUAUAUUUUUGUCGUCCAGGUACUCUGAUUUUCUGCAUGUUUUUUUUUCUGAUUUUUUCAGCAUAAUUUCGAGUCGAAAAUGGUAUUAUUAUAAAAAGUCUUGAAAAAUAUUAAAACAUCUUUGAUUUAUUUAAUUUUUUUUAUUUUUAAGUAUGAAAUGAGAUUUUCUUUAGAGAAAUUGUCAGGAAAUCGUUAGAAAUCAGAGAGGAUAUAGUACAUACCAAUUAGCGCGUAGUCCAAGUCCCUGCUUGUGCACCUAGCACUAUUUCACCGCUAACCGUAUGUACGAGUUUCAAAAUGGAUCAGAAUAUAUGAUUCACGUCAUUUGUAUUAUAUUGUAAAGUAUCAGCAAAAUAAAAUCUUAAGAUACGUA